AUGAAAAAGCGUACAUCAUCAGCUUUUUCAGAUGCCCUCAACAUAAUGUCAAUAGCCAAAUUCCUGCAUAAAACAACCUAUUAACAUGAUAUCAGCUAAAUCAAAGAUUCGUUAAUAAAAGAUCCAUUCUCAAGAAAUGAUUAAGAUAUUCAAUCUCUAUACGAAUUCAUCUAUGUUUACAAUUAUAUAUAAAGAUUAAAGUCAAAAUACAGUGAUUAAUUUGUUAGGGAAAUAUGCAGAUACAUAUAUUACAAAUAAGUUUCUUAAAACACAAUAAUAAAUACACAUAAAACCGUAUUUUUAGUACUUAGCGGUAGAGUUGUAGUUACUUAUUACGAUGACAAUGAAGAUGGGGAUCAACAUAAUGGUUCGAAAUCAAUUUCACAAGAGUUAACAUUUGGAAUGUCAUUUAAUGAUUAUGGGUUGUCUGAGAAUCGGAAAUGUCAUGUGAGAGUUAUAAGACCAACAGAAUUUGCUUGCUUGGAUUUUAAAAUAUUUAACGAAAUCAAUUCAAAUCAGAGAUCUAAUGACACUUAUGAGAAAUAAAAGUUUCUAAAGUCCCUUUCUUUUUUUUCUAUAUUUUCAGAUGUAGAAAUUAAAUACUUUAGUUAUCAUAUGGAGUAAUCGAUAGUCUAAAAAAAUUCAUAUAUUUAUCAAGAAAAUGAUGAAUCAAUAGAAUUCUGCUACUUUAUAGGUAGAGGAGAAAUGGAGAUAUAUAAGUAAAAUACAUAAAGAAAGUAAUUUUGCUUAACAAAACUUUUACAGGGGGAGUUCUUUGGAGAAGAUGGCCUAUUUUUACUCAAUAAACGAUAAUUUUCUGCUAAAUGUUCAUAAGAUAAUACCUUACUGUAUAGAAUUAGUUUAUAGGAGUUUGAUAAAAGAAUUUGGAAGAAAGAACAAAGAAGAUGGUUAUUUGAAUUACUUAAUCAAAAGUGGAUUUUCAGAUUUUAGAGAUUCUAUGAAUUAACAUAAAUGAAUAUGGACAAGGAACUUCUCUCUUAAUAAAUUAAAAAUCUUAGCUAAAAAUUAAAUUAAGAUGAGUAACCUAAAAUUGAUUUAGAAUUUGAAGAGAAUCAAAAUCAAAUGUAGACUACCACAGCUUAAGAAUAAUUUAUUACUGCUUCAUGGCUGUUAAAAAGUGCAAAUUAAGCAUAAUAAAUUUUGUAAAAUUUCAGAUAAAAGACUUAAAAUAAAGAUGAAAUUAAAUAAAUCACAUCUGUUUCGCCAAAAUAUCAAUUAUAAUUAGAAAGAAUAAAAGCAAAAUCAAAAUAUACAAAAAGUACUAAAACCAAUUUCAGUAACCGUUAAUCAAUAAUAAAGGCUAAUCAAUCACCUUAUAGAAUUAGCAGUUUUCAUAAUAAAGGUUAAGGGAAGGUAGCAUCAAAUAUGAGUUAUUUAAAAUUAUUUAAUUAAGAGACUGAAAGAUUAAACUUGGAAUAACAAUUAACACAAUAUUUAGACAAAAUAGGAAUCACUGAUGAAAAUAUGCUAGAAAUUUAAAAAUUGAGUGGAAGUGCUACUGAUAGAUACGAAAAAAAUAAUUAAUUCUAUUAAACUAUGGAAACUUAUGCUUAGUUCCAACUUUACAAGAAUUUAAAUUUAUAAGAAUCCAAGUCUUAACAUGCUAAGAAUUUGGAAGUUGAAUAUUAGUAAUUGGUUUAAGAUCAAUAAACAAAUAUUAAAAAGGCAUUCGAAUAAUUAACCACUAGAAAGUCUGAUAAUAUGAUUAGAAAGGAAUUCUUCUUGAAUAAACUAAAAAAAAUGAAUAAAAGAUUAAAGGUUUUGGAAUUAAUUUAAAAAGGACAAUUAGAAUGCAAAGCAACUUAAAUGGUGGAUGAAGAUGGAGAAAUUGUUGACAUUGAUGAACCUAUAAAACCAGAUGAAGCAUAUGAUAUUAUUGAUGGAAAAAGGGUUAGAAAAUUUAAUUUUGUGACUUCUGAAGUAUUUGAAUAAUUUGAAAAAAAUAAAUUUCACGAUUUCAAACAGUAAAUUGACUAGUAGAAACAAAAAAUUUAAGUAAUAAAAGAGAUCGUUUCUGGAAAACUACCCAUUUCUGCAGCAAAUGAUGAUUGCCAACAAAUUUAAAAUAGAACAAAGCCUACUAAUUCUUUUAGGCCAUCAAGUAGUGUAAAAUAAGUUAUACCUUUUUAUAUACUAUAAUAAAAAUAAUAAUCGACUUCCUACAAGCUAUAGUAAGCCAAUUAUUAAGCCUCAUCUCUAAUAAGCACUCGAUUAAAGAUGUGA